AUGUCGAAUUCGCAACAAUUUCAAUGCCGGAUGUACGAGGAAAAGUACCCUGAGGUGGACGAUCUGGUGAUGGUUAACGUGCGCCAAAUCGCUGAAAUGGGUGCUUAUGUUAAAUUGUUGGAAUAUGAUAAUAUUGAGGGAAUGAUAUUGUUAUCCGAAUUAUCACGACGACGUAUUCGUAGUAUACAAAAGUUAAUAAGAGUGGGUAGGAACGAAGUAGUAGUUGUGUUGAGAGUUGACAAAGAGAAGGGUUAUAUUGAUCUUUCGAAACGUCGAGUUUCACCAGAAGAUGUGGCAAAAGCUGAAGAGAAAUUCAACAAAUCUAAAGCAGUACAUAGUAUAAUGCGUCAUGUCGCGGAAAAACGAGAGGUUGUUCUUGAGGAUUUAUAUAAAGUGAUUGCAUGGCCAUUAUAUAAAAAAUACGGACACGCAUACGAAGCCUUUAAAUUGGCAAUUACUGACCCAGAAUUAGUUUUUGAGGGUCUAGAAAUCAAACCGGAGACUAUGUCCGAAUUGUUAAACAACAUUAGACGACGAUUAACGCCGCAACCCAUUAAAAUACGAGCUGAUAUUGAAGUUACCUGUUUUGGGUACGAGGGCAUAGAUGCUAUUAAAACAGCUUUAAAAGCUGGAGAAGCCUGUGAAACAAAAGAUAUUCAAAUAAAGGUAAAAUUAGUGGCACCCCCGUUAUAUGUUAUGCUCACCAACGCCCUUGACAAGAAUUUAGGCAUUGAAACACUGGAAAAGGCUGUCAAUACAAUUCAAGAGGCCAUCCUAAAGUCUGGUGGUAACUUGACGCCCAAAGCUGUUAGUGAAACAGAUGAUCUUGAAUUGGCGGCGUUGAUGGCCCGUGUUGAGAGAGAAAAUGCCGAAGUUUCUGGCGAUGAGGAUACAGGAUCGGAAGUUGGUGAUACGGAAUAA